CACACACACACACACACACACACACACACACACACACACACACACACAGAGGAGGCACGAUGGCUGGUGGACUGCAUGGACUGUUAGCGCUGGCGGUGAUGGGUGGCACGCUGGCACUGACCACGUAUGGGCUGCUGUGGUGGCAAGGGUUGCUGACGGCGGCUGUGGUCGCUUCGCUCUUUGUGCACUUGGAUGUGCUGUACUUUGUACGAACGCUGUCGCUCUUCAUCGGGCACGCACUCAACACUGCCCCACCAUGCGACCUCUUUGAGACAGUGAACCUGCCAGGUCGACUCUGGCUCACUGAUCUCGACUGGAACCUUCACAUGAACAACGCUCGCUACCCUCGGGAAUGUGACAUCGCCCGUUACAACCUCUGGAAGCACAACGGGGUGUUUGAUGCCCUGAAGAAGCUCGGCGGAUUCAUGGUGCUUGGAGCGUGCACGACGCGGUUUCGUCGAUCCAUUGAGCCGUUUCAAGCCUACGACCUCACCUCGCAGGUGCUGUGUUGGGAUGAAAGCGCGUUCUAUGUUGAGCAGCGCUUCGUCACGAAGGACGGAUUUGUCAGGGCCAUUUUCUUUGCCAAGCAGGCGAUAGUCAAGACCACAACACACGAUGUUCUCAAGGAGCUCGGCUUCAAGGACACAACGAGCCCGGCGCCGCCAAAGCACUUGGUGGACUGGAUGGCGUUUGACAAGGAGUGCCGCCGCGUCCUGCGGGUGGAGGCAAAGCUCGAGUAGACUCAACACACAAGACGCACCCACGCAGGCAUGCGCACGCACGCACGCAGGAAUAUGUACACACAUGCAAACAAAACACACCCACACACACACACUCUCUCUCCGUGUGGUGGCAAGUUGC